UCUUUCUCAGCCCUAAACUUUCUCUCCUAGAAAAUCAAAAUUUCCCAAUUUGAAUAAACAUCACUAAACCCUAAUCAUUUUUCAUAUGAGUUCUAGAUCCUUCCAAGAAUUCGAUUUGGACCAGCAAAUCAAAAUUUCCCAAUUUGAAUAACAAUAUUCUAGACUCUUCGUCUACACUUUAGCAGAACUCUCCAGACUCUCGAGCUUCUAUUUUUCUCAAUCCCUCAGCGCCAAUCUUCACGCAUUUCUUGAUCAUCAAUGGCGAAAUACGGAGAAGGCGACAGCCGUUGGAUCGUGGAAGAAAGACCAGACGGAGCCAACGUGCACAAUUGGCACUGGGCCGAAACAAACUGUCUAGAAUGGUCAAGAAAUUUACUCUCAAAGCUGCUCUCAAAUCUCGUAAUUCUCGACGGCGAAGGCAAUCUUUACAUAAAAAUCAAGAAACUCGAGAAACUCGACGGCGAAGCUUAUGUUAACGUCCGUAAGGGGAAGAUUAUACCUGGGUAUGAAUUGAGCGUUUCACUUUCUUGGGAAGGUGAAGCUAAGGAUUCUGCUGAUGGGAAAUCUUUACUCAAAGUUGAGGGAUCUGUUGAGAUUCCUUAUAUUGCUGACGAGAAUGCUGACGAGGAUCCUGAGAUUAGGGUUCUUGUUAAGGACGAGGGUCCUAUUGGGAAGAGAUUGAAGGAGGCUAUGGUGACCAAAGGGAAGAAAGUUAUUGAGGAGAAGAUUAGGGUUUAUGUUGAGAGUAUGGCUAAAGGUGGGCCUGCUCGAGAUGAGGUGGAGAGUAAGAAACUUGCUCCGAAAGGGCAGUCUAGUGCGGCGGGUAAGGACUCGGUGAGUGGUGGAGGUGGUAGUACUGUGGUGGAGAAGAAGGAGAAGGAGGUUAAGAAAGAGGGGAAGAAAGGGUUUAAGACGAUAACGAUGACGGAGAAGUUUAGUUGCAGGGCUAUUCAUUUGUUUGAGAUAUUGAUGGAUGAGAAUAGGUGGAAGGGUUUUAGUCAGAGCAAUGCGAAGAUUAGUAAGGAGGUUGGUGGGGAGUUUAGCAUUUUUGAUGGGUCUGUUACCGGUAGGAAUGUGGAGUUGAAGGAGGGGAAGUUGAUUGUUCAGAAAUGGCGAUUUGGGAGCUGGCCUGAUGGCGUCGUUUCGACCGUGACGCUUACUCUUGAUGAACCUGAACCUGGGUUUACAGUCGUUAAGCUGUUGCACACUGACAUUCCCGAGGAAGACAGAUAUGGGAAUGCAACCGUGGCUGAAAACACUGAGAGAGGAUGGCGAGAUCUUAUUUUCCAUAAGAUACGGGCAGUUUUUGGCUUUGGCAUAUGAGUUAGUUUAAAUACUUCCUACAAAGUGUAGAGUGCUAUCCGAUUAUCUUUGUCUCAGCAAUUACAUUUGAACUAAUGAAUGCUGGGAUUUUAUUGACUAUUUGGAUUGUCCAUGUGCUGUAAUCUCUUUUUAGCUGAUUGUCAUGGCACUCUUAUUUUUCCAUAACCAAAAUGCUUUGUUGAAUUUAGAAGUUUGAUACAAGUGAACCAAAAUGUUUUUUCUAUCAAGAUAUUAAAACAUUAACUGCACUUUGAUA